AAGAUGCAGAGUUGACAGGGGAGGGCAACAAAGGGUGAAAGCUCCUGAGAAGUGGGAGGACAGGGAGGAGCUAGGCUUUCAUACCACAUUCAGGGCCGUGCCUCCAAUAACAGGGAGACAGUGUUAUGUAAGGAGUGAAGGGAGGAAGGAAAGCAGUUCGCCUGUCUGGGGGAGAUCACGGCUCAAGAGAAAAGUGUCAGAAUUACAGCGGAGAAACCAGCAGCGAUCAGAAUGUCUGAGCCAGGGAUGAAGAUGGAUUUCCCCCGACCGGAAAUGUUUGAUUUCCAAGGAGUCGCAAUGGUCCACUAUUUCACAGACAGCUGGGAGAAGGUCCAGAACUUUCAGGCCAGGCCAGAUGAUGUACUCAUUGCAACAUACCCCAAAGCAGGAACCACAUGGGGCUCCUUAAUUCUUGACCUGCUGUAUUUUGGUAAAACGUCUCCAGAGCGCCAGACAUCCAUCCCAAUCUAUGACAGAGUGCCUUUCCUGGAGAUCUCCAUCCCGUCUAUGAAAUCAGGCGUUGACCAGGCAGAGAAUCUCCCCACCACUCCUCGAAUCAUUAAAACUCAUUUUCCAGUUCAGUUUGUGCCAAAGUCCUUUUGGGAGCAAAACUGCAAGAUGGUCUACGUGGCCCGCAACGCCAAAGACAACAUGGUCUCGUAUUUUCACUUUGAUCGCAUGAAUGUGGUCCAGCCAGCGCCUGGAGACUGGAACAGCUACUUCCACAGGUUCAUGGAGGGAAAAUUGACGUUUGGAUCCUGGUAUGACCAUGUGAGCAACUGGUGGAAAAAGAAACAGACCUACUCAAACAUCCAUUACAUGUUCUACGAAGACAUGAUUGAGGACACUGGACGGGAAAUAGACAAACUCUGCUCCUUUCUUGGUUUGUCUCCUUCGGCCGAGGAGAAGAAACAAAUCGCAGGCGGAGUGCAGUUUGACAACAUGAAGAAGAACAAAAUGACCAAUUAUUCUACAAUCCCGGUCAUGGAUUUCAAGAUUUCUCCUUUCAUGAGAAAAGGGAAGGUCGGUGACUGGAAGAACCAUUUCACUGUGGCCCAAAAUGAGGAGUUCGAGGAAGACUACAAGAAAAAGAUGAAGGACCCCACACUUCAUUUCCGCACUGAAGUCUGAACAAGCUGUGUAUAAGUGGAGCUUUGUCCACAACUGACUGUAACUGUGGCAUUUCUGUAAAAAAAAUAUAUCAAGUUACAGUUGCCUCUGGUGUGACAACAGAGGUGUGCAAUGUAUCUUACUGUGAUUUUUAUCCAAAUUAAGACUGUGAAUUACAUAUCAUGAAGCAAAGUGCAAAUCAAGCCACUAUAUCCAUGUGGAAGGAGAAUAUAUCCACCAGCACUAAAGGAGGUAUGUAAAGAAAACUUCAGAAAAUUAUAAAAAAAAAAAAAAAUUAACUAUUUUACAAAGCAGACAUACAUUUAUACAUUCAUGCUAUUGUUAGUACAAAAGUUAAUGUGUAAUCUCAGAGCAGUUAUGUGACUACAUCAUUUACACUGAUAGGACACCGGAGGAUUAGUGUGAUCAGUAAAAUUAAUCCAAAGUGUUUCAUUCAUAUCCAUAAUGUGUAUUUGCAAUAAAACAACGAUAAAACAACA